CUACCAAUCAGUUCACAUGUGAAUUUAUUUUAAUGUACUUCGAUCUAAUCUCUAAUUCGUUAGAUACUUUGCAAUCACGAAAUGUUUUUCAUUGUUUUGCGUACGAUUAAAAACAUAUUCAACUAGAAAUAUGAUAUCAGGAAAGUCCUAACUAUUAACGUUGAUCCUGCAUGCUGUGCACUGCAUCAUCGUUCUGCCUAAAAUAUUGCACUGUAUUUUUUCUUACUUUGCCAAACAUAUUACUUACACAAUAAAGUAAAUUACAAACUAUGGCUGCCUACAUCAAUCGUACAAUGUCCAUGAUUGGAGGAGACAGCCACUUGAGAUCGACAGAUAUACGAACUGAUAAUUCUCCCCUUCAGAUUUUUGUUAAAGCCAAGAAAAAGAUCAAUGAUAUAUUUUUGGAAAUAGAAGACUAUGUGCAGGACACUGUAGGAUUUAUGAAAUCAUUGCAAGCUGAACGUAAUAUUGUCACUGCAGAAGAAGCACAAAAAAUUGAUAGCUAUGUUGAUAAGGUUCAUGCAAUUAGAGAUGUACUUAAAAGAGAUCACAUGAAAGUUGCAUUUUUUGGAAGAACUAGCAAUGGAAAGAGUACAGUUAUUAACGCAAUGUUACGUGAUAAAAUUUUACCAAGUGGCAUAGGACAUACAACAAAUUGCUUCUUACAAGUUGAAGGUUCAGAUAAUGGUGAAGCUUACUUGAUUACAGAAGGAACCACUGAGAAACAACCUGUUCAAUCAGUUGGUCAAUUAGGUCAUGCUCUCUGCAAAGAAAAGUUAUGUGAAAGUCAUUUAGUGAGAAUAUUUUGGCCAAAAGAAAAAUGUUUGUUAUUAAGAGAUGAUGUAGUAUUUGUCGACAGUCCUGGAGUGGAUGUGACACCAAAUCUGGAUGAGUGGAUUGACAAACAUUGUUUGGAUGCAGAUGUUUUUGUGCUCGUGGCUAAUGCUGAAUCUACUUUAAUGGUGACAGAAAAGAACUUUUUUCACAAAGUAUCUACAAAAUUAUCUAAACCAAAUAUCUUCAUUUUAAAUAAUAGAUGGGAUGCAUCUGCUUCAGAACCAGAAUUUUUCGAACAGCUGGUCAAAGAGCAGAAGGAGGUAAGGGCACAACAUCAAGAGCGGGCUGUCGAUUUCUUGUCAAGAGAAUUAAAAGUCUACACACCCAAAGAUGCUGAAGAGCGAGUUUUCUUCGUUUCAGCAAAAGAAACUCUUCAAGCUCGUAUGCAAGAACAACGUGGUCAACCUGCUCAUAAUGGUGCGCUAGCAGAAGGAUUUCAAAAUCGGUAUUUCGAAUUUCAAGAUUUUGAACGAAAAUUUGAAGAAUGUAUUUCAAAGUCUGCUGUGAAAACGAAAUUUGAACAGCAUUCUCAACGUGGAAAACAUAUUGCUACGGAAAUACGACAAACUCUAGAUGAAAUACUAGAUAGGACACAAAGAAUGAAAAAUGAACAAUUGUGUAUUAAGAAAGAUGUCCAUGAUAAAUUAAAUUACACGGAACAACAAUUAAUGUUGCUGACUCAAGAAAUGAAGGACAAAAUUCAUCAUAUGGUGGAGGAUGUAGAACAAAGGGUGUCUAAAGCUCUGAGCGAAGAAAUUCGUAGAUUAGCUGUACUUAUUGAUGAAUUUAGUGUUCCGUUCCAUACCGACCCACUAGUUCUAAAUGUAUAUAAACGGGAACUUCAUACACACGUAGAAAAUGGCUUAGGUUCCAACUUAAGAGCAAGACUCAGUACGGCAUUGGCAUUGAAUAUUGAAAACUCCCAGAGAGAAAUGACAGAACGAAUGGCAAAUUUAUUGCCAGAGAAUAAGAGACAAAUGUCUCUAAACAUUUUACCAAGACGAGAACCAUUCGAAAUUUUGUACAGAUUAAAUUGUGAUAAUCUAUGCGCAGAUUUUCACGAAGAUUUAGAAUUUCGAUUUUCUUGGGGAAUUACAGCCAUAAUUAAUAGAUUUGCGGGAAGACAGGGAAGGAAGUUAACCAUUGCUAAUUAUCCACAGGAGAUACCACCAGCAAUAAUGUCUCCUGCAGAAAGCGUUGAUUCUAUAAAAUUUAUGUCAAGUACUCCAAACCAUCAACCAAGAUCAGACGAUUUGUCAUUGGCUACUAGAAUCGCAAUAGCAUCUAUAACAUCUCAAGGAACUAUGGGAGGACUUAUAGUUGCUGGAUUUAUGUUAAAAACAAUUGGUUGGAGACUUAUAGCGGUAACCGGUGCUAUUUAUGGUGCUCUAUAUCUCUAUGAACGAUUAACAUGGACUAAUAAAGCAAAAGAACGUGAGUUUAAACGUCAGUACGUAUCUCAUGCUACAAAAAAGUUGAAACUAAUAGUGGAUCUCACGUCUGCGAAUUGCAGUCAUCAAGUACAACAAGAGCUAUCUAGCACCUUUGCACGUCUGUGUCAUUUAGUAGAUGAAACAACAUCCGAAAUGGAUACCGAACUAAAAAAUAUUGCAAGUACAAUACGAAUACUAGAGGAAGCAACUAGUAGUGCUAAAGUUUUACGAAAUAAGGCUAAUUAUUUAACAAACGAGCUCGAUUUAUUCAAUGCAGCAUAUUUAAAGUCAUUAAAUUAAGCAUUGAAUGUCAUUUUUAAGAAAUAUGAGUCACAAAAGAUUGAUGAACAUCACUGUUUCAGAAAAUAUGUCUAUGCAUGUAUGAUAAUUAAUACAACUUAUCAAUGUACUAAUCAAUGUAUCUGUGGAUAUGUUUCCUGAAACAAUGAUUUAUGCAUAUAGAAGGAAUGUUUUUACUAAAACAUUGAAUUUUUUGUAAUUUAAGAAAGAUAAUUUGUUUUUAGAGGGAUUAGCACAAAAUGUCUUACAUCAAUAGACUUCCAACAAAUUUUUUAAUUUUUUUCUUUUUUUAUAAUUUAUUUCAUCAAAUAAAUCAUGCUAAAACAGAUCUUUUUACAAAUAUAGCGCCAGUGUUUUGAAAUAUGAAAUCGAAGUACAUAUUGAUUUAUACUCAAAUCUAUUACAGAGAUAUAAUUGAAUCUUACUUAUGUAGUAAAUAAAAUAAUGAAAUUAGAUUUAUUAGAUUAUACUUAUAAAAGACCUUAUGUUAUUAUAUAAAUAAAAGGUUAUUUAUUGAGUAAGAAUUA